AUGAGGCUGUGUUCCGCCCAGAUCCUACUUCUCCUGGAAUGUUCCUGUGCCUACUGUGUUCGAAGACUGUACGUUCACGAUGGCACCACCUUCAAACCCACUUCUCCAGAAAUCACAAGUGCCCAUUUUGUGACGCAGUAUACUCUAGAAUCGACACCCUCAAAUGUCACACAAGAAGGAUACAUGGAGAAACUGUCAGUCUCAAUGGAAUUCCACGCUACAUUUAUGGUCUUCCUUUUCCACCUCCUGCUGGCUUCUUCCCGAAUCCUCCUGUUUGUUCAUCCCAGAGCAAUACGCAGUUCUGAGCGUCCCUUCCGUCAGAUUCCAUAUUGA